AUGUCUAUGAAAUUAAAAAUCAAGUCGUUCUUUGGCAGCAACAGACAAUACGCCGUGGUUGGUGCUAGUAAUAACCCAAGCAAGUUCGGGUACAAGAUCCUACUGUGGUAUGUGAGUCACAAAUUACCUGUGAUCCCCAUCAACCCCAAGGAACAAGAAAUCCUUGGUCAAGCCGUGGUCAACAACAUCACGGCUGUUUUACAAGCUGUUGGUUCCAAACAAGAUAUCUCCACCCACAAGACUUCUACGGUUGACGGUGUGAGUAUUUCCUUCUUGACUCCACCAAAGAUCACUUCGGCAACUUUGUUGGAAAUUGCUACUGUUCCUGACUACAAGAGCAUCGUCAAGGGAUUAUGGUUCCAACCAGGCAGUUACGACCAAGAAGUUUUGGAUGUUGCCCAGCAAAUUGGAUUGUCGGACCUUGUGAUCCAAGAAGACGAAUGUAUCUUGGUUCGAGGCGAAGAAGGCAUGGUCAGUGCUAAUUUAUAG